GGAGGGGGUGGAGGAGGGAGAGAAAGCGGAGGCGGAGAAGGCGGCGGGCAGCAAAGGCUAGGGGACCCGCGGGCAGCCGGCUGGACGCGCAGAGCCGGGAGCGGCAGGAGCGCCCGCCCACCUGGCGAGCCCUCCAGCCCAGGCCGCGGGGCCAUGGCCGAGCUCAAGUCCCUGUCGGAAGCGUACCUGGCGCUGAGCCAGGGCUACUCGGCGGCAGCGGCGGGCCUCGCCUACGGGGCGGCCCGAGGACCCAAUUCGGCUCGCGGCUACGGCGCUCUGGGCCCAGGCGGCGACCUCCCCGCUGUCCCCGCGCCGCGCGCCCCAGCUCCGGCGGCGGAGAGCAGCGGCGAACAGAGCGGCGACGAGGACGACGCCUUCGAGCAGCGGCGGCGGCGGCGCGGGCCGGGGGGCGCGGGAGACGCGCGGCGGCGGCCGCGGGAGCAGCGGUCUCUGCGGCUCAGCAUCAACGCGCGCGAGCGGCGGCGCAUGCACGACCUGAACGACGCGCUGGACGGGCUGCGGGCAGUCAUCCCCUACGCGCACAGCCCGUCGGUGCGCAAGCUCUCCAAGAUCGCCACGCUGCUGCUCGCCAAGAACUACAUCCUCAUGCAGGCGCAGGCCCUGGACGAGAUGCGGCGCCUGGUGGCCUUCCUCAACCGGGGCCAGGGCCUGGCGGCGCCCGUGUCCACCGCCGCGCCCCUCACGCCCUUCGGCCAGGCGGCUGUGUGCCCCUUCUCCGCGGGCGGCGCGGCGCUGGGACCCUGCCCUGACAAGUGCGCCGCCUUCUCCGGAACGCCCUCGGCGCUUUGCAAACACUGUACCGAGAAGCCGUGACCCGGGUGCCGCGCUUCUCCCGCGCGCGUCCUCCGACCGCCCCUGCUGCUGUUCACCCGCCCGGACAGGAGAGGCCUGGAAAGAAGCUGCAGGCGGAGAGGAGACUGCUGGACCUGGCUUCCAGCCAGUGCGCUGUGAGCUGUUGGGCGCCGCUGGAAGCGGCAAGGCCGUAAUUGAGCCCGAGAGCCGAACGCUGGACUCGGCGCCCGGGAACUCGCGGCGCCCACCGAGCAUUGUCUGGACCCGUCGAGUCUAGGAACGGGGGUGGGAGGAGCAUCCUUCGGGCACUGCCGCUCGCCCACAAAAGAAGACCACCGCGGGGUCCCAGGGCGGCGGCGGGGACGGGCUCUGGUCAGAUUCCGGACAGGCGGUCGGAGGCGCACGGAGGGUGGGGACGGAGCAAAGCCGGACUUGGCCGGUCGUGAUCCUCGCAGUCCUCGCGCUGAGGCCCUGGUCAGCCCUUCGGGCUAACCUGCGGGGCGGCGCUCUGCCCGGCGUGUUCCCAACCACGCGCGCAGCCGGCACCUCCCGCCUCGGUGGCUCCGAGACCCCGCACGAGCCGACCCCACCGUGGCCGUUUGCACAGGGCCUGGACCGCGGACGCGGAGGACCCCGGGCGAAGGGCGCUCCGCCUUUUCCAAGUAGGAGUUUGUUCUAUGUAUUUCCUUGCCUGCCUAGAGGCGGGGAAAGCGGUCGUCGUCGCCGGCUGCCUCGAAGUCUGCGGGAUUUGUCCCCUCGACGCCCCCUGGCCUCCCCCGCCGCCGCCAUCCCCUGCCCGGGCCGUCCGCGCGGUGAAGUUGGAUGAAGGCCGCUUUGCGGGGCCUCUGCUGAGGAGGCUGCGGGGAGGAGGGGUUCUCACAGCCGGCGCCCUACCUAACCCUGGGUGCAGGGAAGGCCCCGCCUAGCCCUGGUGUCCAGCAAAGCCUCCUCCCCACCGGUCCCCUCACGCUUCCGAGGGAGGAGGCCCGGCUACGGGUGAAUAAAGCUGCUGCGGGCCCCAGCCCUGCCGGAGCCCCGCCGGGUGAGAACCGAGAUGCGGUGCGCAGCUCCGACUUCUGCCACCUUCGGGGUCCAGCGAGCCGCCGCGCACAGCCUGGUAGGGCACCCCGGGAACCCAGCUGUUCGCGCCGGUUAGCGCCCCGCGGCCCCGCUGCAGUAUCCGGCUUUAUUAACCCAGUUUCCUCGGCUGUCGGUAACGCCAAGGGGAGAGGCCGCCGCCUGCAAUCGCCGGCCCACAGCGUUUAACUUAAUGCAUUCCAGAAGGCCUGCGGGACUGCCCAACGAAGCGUGUGACUGAGUCUUCUUCAUAAAGACGCACGCCUAACACUGGCUUUUGCUCAUCUCCGUCUUUAUUUCCUCAUUGCCUUUUUUCCCCCUAACAGAUUAGUUUGUCUGUUUUGCAGCUUCGGAAAGCUGUGUUUUCAGAUCCCUUUUGGAUAGUCAAGGUGGGAAAGCUGGAAACUGAAAUGUCCUUCACUUGCAGGGUCAUUUCAACGUGAUCUUAAAUAAAUUAACUUGCUUACAGAAUUUGAAACAGGGGUGUUUAUUCUGGUUAAAAUCAGAGACAUCAGUACAACAUUUAUAUUCAGAGUAAAGCAUUUUAUUUUCAUUUAUUUUAUAAAAAUAAUAGGAUUAAAUGUUAAUAUCAAAUGAAAUAGCCUUCAUUUGUAACUGAAUUCAUCAUAAUUUCAAUUGCAGAUAACUGUGUCCACUCUAAACCAGAGUCUGAAGUCUCUGAGAUGCUGAAUCUGAUCCAAACGCAGCAACUUAUUAUAGCAAAUGUGUGAAAUCAAAGGGAAAGGGGUGGAGGGGAAAAAAUUAUCUUUCUCUCUUUGGGUGGAAUAUAAGUUUUGAAAGAACCACUUCAGUAAUCAAAAAUUAUUCCGGUAACUUAAUUUAAAUAAAAAAUUUGAAUUACACUUAAACUUUUUUUUUACAUGACAAAGCUGUUUUUCUACUGUUCUGCAAAAUGCCCCACCUGCCUGUCUCUUGCCUGAGCGGGACUGUGGUGUUUCAGAGAGGAACUAGGUCACCCUCUCGGCAGUGGUCACUCCUGAUGCCACCUGGGCUAUCACAGUGUCAUUUGGCCUUUCUCAGGUUUGCCCAGGGAUCUUCCCAUUCCGACACAGCCCUCCAUGGCCUUCUGCCCUCAUCUGGCAAGCAGCAAAACAGAACCCAUUUGGGUGCCCGAGCAAGCCCAUGGCUCCCAAGAAACUCAGGGGGCUGCUUAUCUUUUCUCCAGUGGCUGUACCCUAGCAACUGUGUCGAGAAAGUCUGGGGCCACCUGGAAAGAACCUCUCGGUCGCCACCCUGUGCCCACCAGGAGUUAGCCUUCCUCCAGCACUCAGGAGGGAUCAAACACGAAAGAGCUUUGCUCGUGACUUGGGUUCCAGCUUUUUGUUUGGUUUGGUUUGGUUUGGUUUUUUUGUUUUUGUUUUUGUUUUUUUGGUUUUUUUUGAGACAGAGUUUCGCUCCUGUUACCCAGGCUGGAGUGCAAUGGCGCGAUCUCGGCUCACCGCAACCUCCGCCUCCUGGGUUCAGGCAAUUAACUCUCCUGCCUCAGCCUCCUGAGUAGCUGGGAUUACAGGCACGUGCCACCAUGCCCAACUAAUUUUUUGUAUUUUUAGUAGAGAUGGGGUUUCACCAUGUUGACCAGGAUGGUCUCGAUCUCUUGACCUCGUGAUCCACCCGCCUCGCCCUCCCAAAGUAUGGGAUUACAGGGCUUCCAGCUUUUUAAUGAUGCUCACCAGUUUUUUCUUGCUGUUAUUUUCUUUUUUCUUUCUUUCCUUCUUUCUUUUUCUUUUCCUUUCUCUCUUUCUCUUUCUUUCCUUCUUUCUUUCUUUUUCUUUCUUUCUUUUAAGAUGGAGCCUCAAUCCAUCACGGAGACUGGAGUACAGUGGCACGAUCUCAGCUUGGCUCACUAUAGCCUCUGCCUCCCUGGUUCAAGUGAUUCUCCGGUCUCAGCCUCCCCAGUAGGUGAGACUACAGAUGUGCGCCACCACGCCUGGCUAAUUUUUGUAUUUUUUAGUAGGAACGGAGCUUCACCAUGAUGACCAGGCUGGUCUUGAACUCUUGAUCUCAAGUGAUCUUCCUGCCUUGGCCUCCCAAAGUGCUGGGAUUGUAGGCUGAGCCACCAUAUCUGGCUAAGAUGCUCACCCUGAAUUCUGUCUAGGUAGCAAUGUGCAGGCUGUGGGCGGUGUGAGGCCAUGUCCCCAGAACCGAGGUGUUCCCACCACCCCUAUGACUAGCGUUGCUGUACAGAGACAAUGUGGUCGUGAGUUGAGUUUCACAUUUUCAAGUGGCCAUAUUAAAAGAGGAAAUAGAAGCGGGUGAAGUUACUGUUCUUUUUUUUUUUUUUUUUUUUUAGAGAAAAAGAAGGGGAAAAAAAGAAAAAGAGGGAAAAAGGAAUAUUACUUCAUUCCUAAAAUGGGUUUCAAUAAUGGCCGAUCAAUAUUUUGAGUGUUUAAAGUGGUUAAUGCAUAUUUUAUGUGUUUAAAAUGGAGACCUCUAUUGUGUUUAUUUGUUCUGGCUCUGAGUUCAAGUCCUGGAUAUCGUUAUCAAUUUUUUGUCUCGUUGAAUCUAAAUCUCAUUAUGUGUCUUAUGUAUCUGGGUGUUAAGAUCUCUUAUUGUUACAUUAAUCCUUUUACCCUUGCAUCCUUGUAGCUUUGAAAUCUAUUUUAUUAAGUGUGAGAAUUGCAACUCCUGCUUUUUAUUUAUUUAUUUUUGCUCUCCAUUUGGUUGGUGAGUUUUUUUCCAUCCCCUUGUUUUGAGUCUUUGUAUAUCUUUAGAUAUAUCGUUAGAUUUUGUGGAUAAUGUAUAUUUUGUGUGUUUAAAAUGAGGAGCUCUAUUGAGUUUAUUUGUUCUGGAUCUUAGUUCCAGUCCCGGAUAUCGUUAUCAAUUUUCUGUCUCGUUGAAUCUAAAUCUCAUUAUGGGUCUUAUGUAUCUGGGUGUUAAGAUCUCUUAUUACAUGAAUCCUUUUACCCUUGUAUCCUUGUAGCUUUGAAAACUAUUUUGUCAAAUGUGAAAAUUGCAACUCCUGCUUUUUAUUUAUUUAUUUUUUGCUCUCCAUUUGGUUGGUACGGUUUUUUUUUUCCAACCCUUUAUUUUAUUAACUGGCUAUUUUGUCCUUUCAUUGAUAAAAAUUCUUCUUUAUGUUAAUGCUCUUUACUUUUUGGUGUAUUUUUAGAAAGGGUCAUACUGGUUGUUCCUUUCUGUGUAUAAUGCUUCUUUUAGAAGUUCUUGUAAAGCAGGCCUGGUGGUAAUAAAAUCUCUGAGUACUC